AUGGACCGGACCAAACCAUCCAUUCCCCGACCAUUCGAAAAUCAGCAGAGGCAGAGGCCCUCGAGCUACUUGGCGUCAAACAACGUUUGCUCGCAGGCUGAGACACAGAACAAUGGGCCAGUGAGGGAGUUCAAUACGACGCACAACCCGGGGAAUCAUGGUGCCAAUUCGCCGUUCGGAAAUACUGGAACAAUCAACUACACGCAAUUUAAUGGCCCUGUCAACUUCUUUGUCGAGUGGAAAGGAAACAAUAUUCCCACAGAGGCGGCCUCUCCGACUCCGCAGUGCCAUCAAGGCGGUACUUCAGCGGACGUGUCUUCGACCGACAGAUCAAAUUUAACUGAGCCAGCCACCCCGCCGUUGCUCCGGCUACCUCGGCACGCAUUCUUCAUCCUCUUGAUACCUUUCCUGGGAUUUGCUAUCACUCAUUGGUGGUCCUCUGUUGGUGCGCGCCGUGCGACGACUUCGCUGACUUCGCCGACCUCGCCGACCAGAACUUUCUGUCCCAAUUAA